AUGACCGAACAGUUCAAAGAGCGGUCACGUAAGAUCACCGGCGAGAAGAAUGAGGCCUUUAGUGCGCGGAACGAGGCUGUCGCAGAGAAGGACGCUGCGAUUGCUGAGCGUGAACAACUGCAGCAGCAACUCACCUCUAUAAACACCGAACUCGAGUCAACAAGACAGAACUUGCAGGCGACGACGCAGCAGCGGACAGAGUUUGAACAACAAGUCAAGAAUUUCCAGCAACAGGUACAGAAAUUACAGCAAGAUGCUCAAGCCAACCAAUCUGGCGCACCACCCCCUGUCGCUCAACCCGCCGCAGACGCGUCGACAUCAGUGUCUUCAGAAGUAGUCGCUCAGCUAGAGCAGCAACUUGCCGAGAUGCGAAGCCAGCUGGAAGCCAUCUCAGCCCAGAAAGCGACCGCCGAGCAAGAGCUCGACGGCCUACGGACGCAGCUGCAGACGGUCGUCUCCGAGAGAGAUCAGGCUGUCGAGGCCGCACAGCAGGCUGCUCAGGCACAGCCGCAGCCCGCCGCUGAGCCGAUAAGCACGAACGCGGCGGAGACAGGUGCCACGAACGGCGCGAGUGGUUUGUCCGAUAUUGAGCGCAAGGCUUUGGAAGAGAAGAUUGCUGCCGCCGAGGCCAAGGCUACAGAAGCUGACCGCAAGGCGAAUGAGCUCGAGGAGAACAUCACCCAGACCAUCAAGGAGCGGUCGGAUAAGAUGCGCAACGCACUCAACGAGAAGCUACGCCAGUCUCGCGAGAAGUUGGAAGCCGAAUUCACCACCAGGAUAGAGCAAGAAAAGGUGAUCUGGAGGGCCGAGCAGCAAGGUGCCGCCCCUACUAAGCCUGCAGGGGAACAACCGGCUGUACCUGCUACGCCCAUCAAGCAGCAAGACCCGGAUGCAGUCCCGGCAACGCCAAUGACCGGCACACCCGCCGGCGCCGCGGACUUAUCCCAGCUCCCCGAUGCCGAGAUUCGGAAGUUCCUUUCCACUAAUGCUACUGUGCGAAACAUCAUGUCGGGAAAUCUUAGAAAGAAACUCGAGGAACAGACUGCCAAGGUUAAGAACGAGACAGAGACGAGUUUGAGAGCCGAGUUCGAGCAGAGAAUCGCAAACGCUCGCGAAGAAGGUCAGCUGCUGGCACAGAAGAAGUCUGCGUUGCAAAUCAACAUGAAGGACAACCAGCUCAGAGGUGCCAACGCCAAGAUCGAAGUCGUGUCCACGGCAGCGACCAAGACACCUCAGCGACCCGUCGGGGAAGUCUGGGAGGAAGCUAAAGUUGCCAAAGCAGCUCCCGCCGCGCCGCAGCAAAGCCCGGCGAAGCCCGCUGGCAACACACAACCCACGGCACCCCGUCCUUCGAUCUCGGCGCCCUCAGCUGCCGCGCCGGCCCAAGCUGCUGCUUCGACAACUGCCCCCGCAGCCUCAACCAAACAAGCACAGCCAUCUGGCGGCUCUGCUCCUAGCGAGAUCCCUCCGCCGGGCAGCAGCAUCCCUCAGAAGAGACAAAUACCUGCUCCCGGAGAUACGAAAUCAGCAGCCAACACUGCUGCAGCGAACCCGUUCGCGGCCGGUGCUGCUAACGGCGCUCCGGCCCAGGCCAAUCCUUUCUCACAAAGUACACAAGGACAGCAACAGCAACCACCGCAGCAGCAACAGAACCCCUUUGCUUCAAGCACACAAGGGGCACCGGUGGGCCAGGCCGCGCAAGGUCAUGGGCUACCGCAACCGCCUGCGCAGGCUGCCCCAGGCCAACGUAGUGGCAUUCCCCUCCCAGGACGAGGCGGUGCAGCUGGACGAGGUCGAGGUGGUGCUUACGCUGCCGGAAAUAGGGUGUCGAGCGGAGGUGCAGAGAGAGGUGGUCUGGCAGGACGUGGUGGGCGUGGUGGUGGCCGAGGAGGACACAAUGCCGGCCCGUUGAACCCUGGUGCCAACGAUUUCCAGCCUGGUAACAAACGGCCUAGAGGAGAUUCCGAGGCUGGCGGGAACGCUGGCGCAAAGCGAGCCAGAGGAGGUGGACACUAA